UAAGGAGAUUUAAAGCGGCCGUGGAUCGGGGGCAGUCGUAAGAGAGAGGCCGGGCCGAGGGAGCUACUAGCCGGCCGCGCCCCGUGGGAAACUCUGGGGCCCGUAAAGAGGAUAGGCCUGGAAUAUACAGGACAUCGAGGAUAGAGCUGUGGACAGUGUGGAGGAGAUAGGCAGGAGGCGGCGGCGAGCCCCGGGGGACGUACAGAGUGGACUAUGGAGCCCCCUGCCUCUAAGAGGAGGUGUCCCGGCCUCACACCCCGCUACCAGCCGGACUCUCUGCUGGAUCUCAGUGCCAAGAAAGUGGCAGAGACGUGGGCCUUCGAGCAGGUGGAGGAGCGAUUUUCCAGGGUCCCAGAACCGGUCCAGAAGCGCAUAGUCUUCUGGUCUUUCCCGCGCAGCGAGAAGGAGAUCUGUAUGUACUCCUCGCUGGGCUAUCACCCUCCGGAGGGCGAGCGAGAUUCCAGGGUGCCCUUUAACAGGGGGCUUCAGCUGCUGCAGUCCGGGGCAGUGCAGAGAGUGCUCCAAGUAGGCUUUCACCUCAGUGGAUCUGUCACAGAACCAGGAGAACCGGAAAGAACCUACCAAGUGUCCAUCAGUUUCGACCGUUGCAAGAUCACGUCUGUCAGCUGCGGCUGUGAAAACAGAGACAUUUUCUACUGCGCCCACGUGGUGGCGCUGUCCCUGCAUCGCAUCAGGCGGGCGCGGACGGUGGAGCUGCGGCUUCCCAUAUCGGAGACACUUUCCCAAAUGAACAGGGAUCAGCUGCAGAAGUUUGUACAGUAUCUGAUCAGUGAGCACCACACAGAAGUGCUGCCUACAGCCCAGCGACUGGCCGACGAGAUCCUGCAGCUGGGAUCGGAGAUUAACAGGGUGCAUGGUGCCCCAGACCCCACAGCAGGUGCCGGGCGCGAGGACGACAACUGUUGGCAUUUGGACGAGGAGCAGAUACAAGAGCAAGUGAAGCAGCUCUUGUCAAACGGUGGAUACUAUGGAGCAAGCAAGCAACUGCAGUCUAUGUUCAGCAAGGUCCGGGAGAUGCUGAGGAUGCGAGAUUCCAAUGGUGCCCGGAUGCUAAUCCUAAUGACGGAGCAGUUUUUGGAAGACCCACGGCUGGCUUUGUGGCGUCAACAGGGAGCCGGAAUGACGGAUAAAUGUCGGCAGCUUUGGGAUGAGCUGGGUGCCCUUUGGGUGUGCGUUGUGCUCAGUCCCCACUGCCGUUCAGAAGAGAGGGAAUCUUGGCUCGAACUGCUGCGGAGGUGGAACGCCAUGGAUAUAUGUCCUCUGGAGGAAGGAAACUAUUCCUUGGAGGGUCCAGGGUCACAGACCCAGCCCCAGAGCUCCAGUGCAGGCCAAGUCAUUGCUCCCCGUCAAACUGUUUUCGCAAGAGCCCUUAAAGCAGGAGAACUGCGCUGGAGUGACCCCCACUUACAAAGGGUCUUAAACGGAGAUACCUGUGCUUCAGGAACAAGUGUGAAGUGCAACACGGACAAGCUGUCCUAUGACCCUCAAGGCCGUCCACUUUGGCUCGGAGACCAUUUUCCAGUAGCAUGUGCCCGUGUUGAUGCCCUGAGGUCUCACGGGUACCCACUUCAGGCUUUGAGGCUUGCUGUCUCUGUGGUUAACACCAUGAGGCUACAACGCCAGCACCAGUUGGAAGGACUUAAGCAGCAGAGAAAAGAACUUCAGAUGAAAGGCAGUACAACUCUCACUAAUCUAGAGGGUUGGAUCGGACAUCCACUUGAUCCCAUCGGGUGUCUCUGUAGGACAUUCUUGGAGGCUAGUCUACCAGAGGAUGAAGGACCAGCUCCUUACCAAGAGCUCGGUGGAGAACAGAGGAAGGUAAUGUACCAACAUGUCCCUGUACCUGGAGGCUCCCCCUCAGGGGAAUCUCUUCUGUGUCUGGCGCUGGAAGUUGCCCUUAUGGGCUUAGGACAGCAACGAGCAAUGCCUGAAGGCCUUUAUGCCCAAGACAAGCUAGUCAGAAGUGAAGAGCAGAUUAUUGGUCUUCUGGGAACCUUGGACAUGGGAGAUAGAUUGGUGCAGGUUCUGAGGAAGCAGGCCAUGCUACUCUUAGAAGGUGGUCCAUUCAGUGGCUUUGGAGAGGUGAUCUACCGGGAGAGUGUUCCUAUGCACACAUUUGCACGCUUCCUCUUUACUGCUUUGCUCCCGCAUGAUUCUGACCUGGCAUACCGUGUUGCCCUUCGAGCAAUGAGGCUCCCAGUUCUUGAGUCUGUUAUCCCUCCACAUGGAUCCGACAUCAUGCCUCUGGACUCUAUGCUGACCAGUCGUUUCCCUCGCUGGUUUAUUUUGGGGCACCUAGAAACACGACAGUGUGAACUGGCUUCCGCCAUGUUGACAACAGCUAAAGGAGACCCCAAGUGGUUGCACACGGUCCUUGCUUCCAUCCAACAACAUAUCCACUCCCCAGCCUUGCUAUUCAAGCUGGCUCAGGAUGCCUGCAAGACUGCGACUCCCCCAAACAACCCCCCUGACACCACGCUGCUAAACAUUUCUCUGGAGCUAGGACUGCAGGUGAUGAGAAUGACCCUUACCACCCUGACAUGGAGACGGAGGGAGAUGGUCCGCUGGCUGGUAUCAUGUGCUACAGAGAUUGGCGCACAAGCCCUCAUCAGUGUCAUGCAAAACUGGUACACACUCUUCACCCCCAUUGAAGCCACCAGCAUCGUUGCCGUGUCUUGCACGUCUCCUGCCACUCUCCUGCGCUUUAGCCAGGACCCCAGACAACGAGAAGAGCUUUGCUCCUGUGCCCGGGCCCUGGCCUUGCAAUGUGCGAUGAAGGAUCCACAAAGCUGUGCCCUUCCUGCGCUGACGCUAUGUGAGAAGGACCACACCUCUUUCGAAGCUGCUUACCAGAUCGUUCUAGACAGUGCCAACUCGGGCCCUGGCGCACAUUCCCACCUCUUCACGGUCGCCCGCUACAUGGAACACCGCGGCCUGCCGAUGAGGGCCUUUACCUUGGCCACGUUGGCCCUAUCUAACCUGACCAUAGGUUUUACCCAAGACUCUCACCCUGCUGUCAGCGAUGUCCUGUGGGCUUGCUCCCUGGCACACUCCUUGGGCAAGGUUGAGCUAAGCACUGUGGUACCCUUGGUUAUCCAAAGUGUGCAGUGUGCCCCUGUCCUGUCCGAUAUCAUACGCCGCUGUAGCCUUGCGCCUCCUGGCCUGGCACAUACCCUUUCUGCUGCUAAUAACCCGAGAGGCAGAGGAACAGUGCCACGGGCUGACAAGCCUCCCCUUUGCCAGCUUCUGGAAGCUGCAGUUGGUGCCUAUAUUAGCACCACCCACUCCCGUCUCGUUCACAUCAGCCCCCGACAUUACGGCGAAUUCAUAGAAUUUCUUUCAAAAGCUCGAGACACUUUCCUACUGGCGCCGGACGGCCAUCUCCAGUUUGCCCAGUUUCUGGACAACCUGAAACAAACGUACAAAGGGAAAAAGAAAUUGAUGCUGCUGGUGCGAGAACGGUUCGGGUGAAAAGAAGACUCUCUAGGGGAUGACCCUAAAAGACUUUACUCUCCCUUAUUUAGGGACCCACAAGCCCCUGUGGUGGGCAAGGAGCGUAUGACCCUCCACCUCGCAUAUAUCGUACUGCUGGCGGAGGAACGCAGUAGUGAAGGAUUUUUUUUUUUUUUUUUGCUGAAGAAUGGCUAUGGAGUCCCCGGUGGAAUUUGUUUUGUGCGUUUUCUUAUUUGCGUUUUAAUAACCUAUUUAUUUAUAUAUAAUUUGUGAAGCCCCCUUCCUCACCAAGGACUGCACUCUAACCCUACGACAUGGAGGGGCUCGCAAUAUCAUGAACUAUGAGAUGCCUCCUGGACGGCAAGCCUCUGAUUUUGGUAUUGCCGAGCAAGGAUUUCGGAGGGAAGAGGGGAUUUAUCUGAAGAAUUUAUAUAUUUAUUUCUGAAGGAUCUUCUGUAUUAUUAACUUAUUAAUAUUUUUUUGGUAUUUUUAAUUUUUUUUUUAAAGGUUAAAACAAAUGUAUGAAAAUUAUAUUGUAACUGAGCAAACCCUCUAAGCGAGUGUUGGAUGUGAAGCGCCCUUCAACUAGGUAACCAUCUUUUCUUUGGCCCGAAACAGUAUUCUUCCAGCCUGUGCUGUCGGCGGCCAUAUUGGAACUAUGGAUCCAUCUGUUGAAAAGUACCACAGAUUAAGUUGUGUUGAACUUGAAAGAAGUUUAACCUGUUGUCUGUGGCAGCGGGAGACAUUUUCUGGGCUGUUGUUUAUAUAAGCAACAGUAGGUGUAGUUUGUGGUGCUGCAAAAUGGCUGCCCCUCAAUGGCAGUAGUGUAAAGUGUCUCCGAAAUGGCCCUGACACAUUCUAUAACCUAGAGAUGGCAGCCAUUUAUAAAGUCGAGUUCAUGUAGAGAGGGAGUGUAUGCUUUUUAUCAGUGAUUAAGGGUCACAAAAUGGCUGCCUCCUGUCUGUAUUUGAAGCGCUGAUGGGGUAACCAUCUACAAUACCCAGUGCUUGACAUGAGUCAGCUGUGCAAGGGAUGGCAGCCAUUUUGUGCCUAAGUGAUAGCAUGUUUCUGAUAAAAUCUGCUCUCAAAAUGGUUGCCUCUGCUCUGGUGCACUUUAUUUUCUGUCACCAUUCCAGAUCAUUUUUUUUUUCUCACAGGGGCCUAUAGAUAAGAUGAGCCAAGGUGACCAAAAACUAGCCAUGAAGGCGUUUUAUGGCGGCCAGCUUCCUCUGUACACAAAGUGUAUAUGACUGUAUUAUGAAUACAGCGCAGUGUCAGGGCCUCCAGGGUAGCAGAGGCCUCAUUGUCCAUAGCAACCAAUCAGAAUGCAUCUUUCAUUGCUACAGAACAGCUUAGAAAAUGAAAGCUGAUCUCUGAUUGGUUGCUAUGGAAGCUAUGUGCACCAAAGCCUCCCUGAGGCCAUUUUAAGACCUGUCUAACCUUUUGUGGGGGAGAUCCCAGUGCUUAAUACCUCACCUCCCCCUGUUAUUACAAAUUAUAAUGAAGUAGUAAAUUAUACACUGAAUCGAAUAACUCAGGAAGAUGUUACCAUGUGAUAUGCGGCCCCACCGUGUCCUCCAUUACAGGGCUUGCUCCAUGUAUUCCUCUCCCCCUUUGCACUAUAUGUGCUUCUCAAAUGAAGGUCUGAUCUUGUAAAAUAUGAAUGACGCUCGCUCACUGGUGAAUAUAUUUUGCUGAAAAGAUGAAGUCGGGCUGUGAAGCUAGAAAAUGAUAAAUAUAUCUAUAUGGACUUAUUCGUCUGCUUUAUUUAUUG